AUGUCUGAAAUCCAGAGGUGGACGGUCAAUGAGCCGUACCUUGACAUACCGGGAACUCUACUCGAAGGCCCCUUUUACGAUGCAGCUAAGAAUGAACUUCGCUUCGUUGAUAUUUGGGAUCAGAAACUCUACCGUCUCGAUCUGGCAAAGGGCCCUGAAUCCCUGAAAGUCAUCGACACCGCCGCUUCUAUUGGUGUUACCGCAAACAUCACCGACCCAAGCGGGUCCCACGAGGAUCAGCUGAUCGUUGCUGCCAAGUAUGGAUUCGCACGGCUCAAUCAGACUACUGGGGAGCUAUCCUAUAUCCAACAGCCCUGGGGCGAAGAGGAUGGACCUGGAAAAGCGGAGAGAAUGCGUUUCAAUGACGGCGCAGUCGACAGCCAGGGCCGGUUCUGGGCUGGAGCGAUGAACGACCCGAAGAUCAAGAACCCCGAAGCGGAGGGCGUUCUCUUCAGACUGGAUCCCGACCAAAGUCUGCACCGCAUGCUUGCACCAGUGACGAUCCCUAACGGGAUUGGAUGGAACCUCACUGACGACGUGAUGUACCUGACGGACUCACCAACAGGUAAAAUCUUUGCAUUUGACUUUGAUGCGUCGACCGGCGCGAUCACCAACCGGCGUGUGCACUUCGAUAUCGGUGAGGCGCUGGAGCCUGACGGCUUUGCUAUUGAUGUCGAAGGAUGCAUCUGGAGCGCAGUCUAUGGUGGCGGAAAAGUACUGCGCAUCUCCCCUGCCGGAAAGAUUAUCGGUCAGAUCGACCUGCCCACGCGCAACGUGACCUGUCCAGCCUUCGUUGGUACUGAGCUGUUCAUCACUACUGCCAAGGAUGACACCGAUGAUGACAGGCUGCCGCAGUCAGUGAGGUAUGGGGGCCGGCUCUACAGGGUUGAUGUUGGGGUCCGAGGCAAGCCCAAGAACGAGUUUCGGUUUCAGGGCUAG